AUUCAAUCGACGAGUUCAAAUACAGGGGGCAGAGAGAAGAAACACAUUCAUUCAUUCAUUCUGCAGCUAAAACUAAUUAAUAAUAGUUGUUGAAGAAAGAUGGCCUCCGCAGGAAUUGGAAGGAUAAGGCUGGGUUCACAGGGACUGGAAGUGUCAGCGCAAGGUUUAGGAUGCAUGGGCAUGUCCGGUUGGUAUGGCCCUCCAAAGCCCGAACAAGACAUGAUCUCUCUCAUUCAUCAUGCCAUCCACACUGGUGUCACCUUCCUCGAUACUUCUGACAUGUAUGGCCCCUUCUUCAACGAAAUCCUCCUUGGAAAGGCUUUGAAGGGAGGGCUAAGAGAGAAGGUAGAAUUGGCAACAAAGUUCGGUGUUACGGUUGUGGAUGGGAAGAGAGUGAUCCGUGGUGAUCCAGCUUAUGUGAGAGAGGCUUGUGAGGCCAGCUUGAAGCGCCUUGAUGUUCACUCUAUUGAUCUCUAUUACCAGCAUCGCAUAGACACCCGUGUUCCCAUUGAAGUCACGGUUGGGGAACUCAAGAAACUUGUUGAAGAGGGUAAAAUCAAGUACAUAGGUCUAUCUGAGGCCUCUGCCUCAACAAUUAGAAGAGCACAUGCGGUUCAUCCCAUAACUGCUGUGCAGCUAGAGUGGUCUUUGUGGUCUAGGGAUGUGGAGGAAGAAAUAAUUCCUACUUGCAGGGAACUGGGCAUUGGGAUUGUUUCAUACAGUCCUCUAGGACGGGGAUUCUUUACUUCAGGGCCUAAGGUUGUUGAAAAUCUGACGGACAAUGAUGUUCGUAAGUUUUUACCCAGGUUCCAACCUGAAAAUCUGGAGCAUAACAAGACCAUAUUUGAGCGUGUUAAUGAAAUAGCAACGAGGAAGGGAUGCACCACAUCACAGCUAGCAUUGGCCUGGGUUCAUCACCAAGGGAAGGACGUGUGUCCCAUACCAGGAACCACCAAGAUUCAAAACUUCAACCAGAACAUUGGAGCACUGUCUGUCAGACUAACACCAGAAGAAAUUGCUGAAAUUGAAUCAUUUGCUUCCGAGAAUGACGUUAAGGGUGACAGAUAUGCAGAAGGCGCUUCAACUUGGAAGAUUUCUGAAACUCCACCACUUUCUUCAUGGAAAGCUUUGUAAGCACUGCACAAGCCUUUCAUUCUGUCUCAGUACCACUUGGAAACCUCAUGGAUUUUUUCAAUGUCAUUGAUGAAGUGUGUUGAGCAUUUGACUGCUCAGAAAAUAAGUAUCUCCUUCCUAAACUAUAGGGGCCUUUAUUGUGUACACCUAAACUUCGAAAUUUUGUUAUCAUCACCCUAAUUCAGUGCUCAGGAGUCAAUUGUGGAAUUUUUAUUGUUUAGGGUGGAUAGAUUCCGACUAAACUCUUAAUUGGGACCUCAAUUCAGUUCUUGGGAUGGAUAUUAUAAAUUAAUCUCAAAUUAUGGUGUGGAAUGCAAAUUUGGAAGUGGGCAUAUUGUAAAUGAUUCAUAAUUUUGGGUUAAUAGUUAUAAUUAACCCAUUUAUUAUGUUCAAUUUCAUGAAAUUAGUAGAUAAAUAUUUGGUUCAUGCUUCA